UGAAACGUUUCAGAAAACUGGUACAAAAUCGUACCUUCAUUUGCAGGAAUUUGUUAAAUGUGGCUUCAUCAAACCCAUUCUGAUACUCGGAUUUCUAAAGUACUAAUUGAACUUCUCUCCACAUGUGAUAUUGAAUUAAUUUUUGUCUUUGUCUUUGUCUUUUGAAUGGUUAGUGUCUAAGACAGUAUUUAUUGAUGAAAUAAAUCCAUUCGUGAAAGGAUAGACACGGCACCAAUAAAGGCCAAGCUACUUGUUUUUAUGACCGGUGAUUCGUUGUCCAUUGGUGCUGGAUUUCCAUAGCCAAUCAAGAAAGGACCACUACGCUUCUGCCCAAUAUCAUUACGAUUUGACUAGUGAUGGAGCAGUUUCAAGUUGCUACAAGUGGAGGAGCUGUAGCAUCUCAAGCAGGAACACAGGUAGCAGUCGCUGGUGGUAAUGCAACCAAUGAACAAGUAGCUGUUAUGCAAGGUUUGCAAUCUGCUGUUCAGGUAUCUGGUGCUCAAGUAGCUCAGUUGUCCCCUCAACCACAAGUUCUUCAAGUAGCUCAAGGGGGCCAACCAAUAAUGGUACAAGGUCUUCCGCAAGGUCAUGCAAUACAGAUACAAAGUCAGCCUGGGCAGCAAGUUCAGCAGAUUCAAGUUAUUCCUAUAAGUCAGCUAUCAGGCCAGCAAGGUCAACCUCAACAGAUAAUCAUUCAACAACCAGGCCAAGGGCAAAUACUUCAGACAUCUGAUGGACAGACUUUAGUAUAUCAACCUGUUCCUCUAGAUGGAACAAAUUUUAUACAUACUCAAGGAGGUAUUAUACAAAUACCAUCUGUAUCAGUUGCUGCUCCUGCACCUCAGGUUGUGCAGACAACUACCACUACUGCUGCCAGCCCAAGUCCACAAACAAUCACAAUACCUUCAAAUGUUCCCCAGGGAAAUAUUGUUAUGCAAGUUGUUCCUGGUGCUGGUGGAUUACAGGCAGUUCAAAGGAUACCUUUACCUGGUGCUGAAUUACUAGAAGAAGAACCAUUAUAUGUAAAUGCAAAACAGUAUCAUCGCAUACUCAAGAGGCGUCAGGCUAGGGCGAAGUUGGAGGCUGAAGGACGGAUACCUAAAGAGAGGAGGAAAUACUUGCAUGAAUCAAGACAUCGGCAUGCAAUGAAUCGAGUGAGGGGAGAAGGAGGCCGCUUCCAUUCUGGCUCUUCUAAAGAAGAAAUGCUUAUGCAUGCCAAGCUGUCCACCGACUCUCAGACAAAUACAGAUUCUGAAGGUCUGGGUAGCAAUAAUGGAAUGUCAGAUUUGUCUGGAUUAGAAUGGAAUUACAAGGGAACAGAUGUUGUCAAAGUAGAAAUUUGGGAUGCUCCUGAAAAUGGGAAAAAGAGCAUGAAAGUUGAUGGCAAAAAUGGACGCAUAAUAACAGCCAAUCUUUUGCCUGAAGAAUCAAACUGAAGCUGGUCACCAAAACAAAGUGUUCUGAAAAUCAGAGCAGCAUUUUAAAAUCUUUGUAAGAACUGUGAUUUUAGCUAGAAUAUGGUAAAUUUCUGUCAAUGCCAUAUUCACCAUCUCUGCAUGAUGUGUGCAUUUUUUAUUGCACAGGAAAGCAAUAUAUAUCUUAAUUACUUGAAGUAACAACACUUGAGAGUUGGCUAUUUUAGGACAUAUAUAUACUUUCAAGUGUGAAAAAGUACAAAACUACUUAUAAAUAUUCUAAAGGUCUAUGCAAAAUAACUACAGAAUAACCUUUCGAAUCAGCUGGUUUCAAUUGAAAGUCUGUGAAAGGUUUAUCUAAAAUGCUCAUAAGGAUAUGAUGUGAUAUAUACAUACUAUGUACAGCUUCCAUGUCAGCACUGUCAUAUCUGUGGAUAUUUAUGAACAAACUGCGCUUUAAGAAGUAACCAAUUGUGUUGGAACAUUUUAUACAUCUGAAUUUCUAUUUAUAAUACAAUUUAUUUGAAGUCUUUUAUUCAAAGAAGAAAUAUCAUGACACUUUAUCUGAAGACGUUUAUAAAUAAACAGAACAUUUCCUGGAUAAGCUGUUUUCAUAUAUUUUAAAUGGUUUUCUCAGUUGUUGUCAAUUUAAUAAAGUUGUUUUGUCCAUAGCAGACUUGUGAAAGUUCAUAUAUGUGCCACAUUAAUGUUUAAAGAUUGCUUCUAUAUGAAAACAUGCUUCAGGUACUUCAGUAAUUAUUUCUCAUUUACAAUAAAUAAUCUUUAUGUAAAAAAUUAGUUAAUUCUAUUUGAUUUCAAUUUGUAUUCUUUUUGCUAGCUUGUUUUUUCUUUACCUAAAUUAUUCUUAUCCUAAAAAGAAUAUUUCAGUUUCUAUAAUAAAUUAAUCUCUUUAAAAAAAUUUAAUGACAUUUAAUAAAAUGAAAUUGAAUUAGAAGAAUGACAGUGUUGCAGUGCUCUCUAAUGAAACUUUUAUUUUUAUACUUUUAAAUGUAUAUACAGUACAAUCAACUAAAAUUUUAUGUCCAUUAAAAGUCAGUUUUGAAAAGGA